AUGGUCUCCUCACAGUUCUCCCGGCUGCUCGCAGCAGAGAUCGACGGCCGUACCCAAAACACCAGAUAUCGCCAGAAUGAGUUCCAUCGCCUCCAGUCGGUCCUCAGCCAGCACAUCGACGAGAUCCAAGACGCCAUCCAGAAAGACUCCGGGAAUGGACCCGAAGAAGUCCGCGCGGAGGUGUGUCUCGCGCUCAAGGAGAUCCGCACACACUACCUGUCAGUCAGUCUGGAGAAGGACCUUGACGAGGAGUAUCGCGUUGUAACUGGCAAGGACAAUGCGGACGCGAAGCGCGGCGCAGGCAUUGUCUACAUUGUUCCCAGCACACAUACAAUGUUUUAUUCCGUUAUCUCAGCGCUCAGCGCGGCAUUGGCGGCUGGGAAUUGUAUCAUUCUCGAGUUGACGAAGAAUACCAUGGCGCUGCCAGCCGUGCUGCGCAGAACUCUCUCCCAGGCCCUAGACGCGGAUACCUUCGCCAUCAGCGAAGAGAGACCCGAUGCUGCUUUCCUCAGCAGGGUGCUUAUGGUCUCCCAGACCAGUUCCGCGCCGCUCGCCGAGCGCAGUUUGCUCUCGCCUGCGAAUGCGCGAACUGUGGCUGUCGUCGACAGAACGGCAGAUGUUGCAGCCGCAGCUGAAGCGUUGGUCGCCGCGCGCUUCGCCUUUGGCGGCCGGUCGACGUAUUCCCCUGAUGUCGUGCUGGUUAAUGAGUUUGCGAUGAAGCGGUUUGUCGAGGCGGCUAUCCAGCAGGCGUCCAGAUAUCUGGCUGGCCCGAACGGAGAGGCACGCCAGGGAGCGUCGAAUCCCCGUCGAUUCGGUCCAAGUGCCUCGCUUCUGGAUGCUGCGCAUAAGGACGCGGGCGCUCGCGUGCUUGUCUCUGGGUCUGGAUGGGGGGUGGUGGAGGUCCAUGAUCGAAGCUCGCCUCUCCUGACGAAAAAGGUGCAGGAGAAAGUGCUCUUCCUUCAUCCUGUGACAAGUCUAGACGACGCUAUUGACCUCAGCAACUCGAGCGGCACACUGGCAGCGACAUACGCGUUCGGCAGCCCCUCCGCAGCCAAAUACAUCACUCAGUUCAUCGACGCCUCCAUCUCGUGGAUGAACCACGUCCCCGUCGACAUGCUCAGUGAGUCCUCCUUUCCGUUCCCUUCCAUCCAGCUAACAGACUCAGUCGGCCCUGCCUACCCCAUCAACACGGCCCCCAGCACCGCAACCCGCUACACGCCCGCUCUCCUCCAGGUCCCCCGUCCCCAGUUCGUCGCCGAAACAAACAACUCCGCCCUGGUGAAAAGUAUUCUCGACCCCUCAGACGCCACGAAAUCGGCAAACGCCUGGCGCGAGGCCCUUGCCUCCUUGCCGUCUACAGGCCAGCGCCCCGGCUGGAAAAUCGGAUUCUUCGAGCAAGGGUUAAUCACUGGUGGGGUGAUUACGUUUGGGACGUUGGUAGCGACGGUGUCGACUGUGGGGUGGUACACCUUUUCAUAUGUGAGGAGGUUGCGUGCUUAG